AUGACAUCGGCAACUAUCGCCCAAUCUGCUUACUGUCCGUCAUCUACAAGCUCUUUUACAAGAGUGAUCCUUAAUAGGACUAAAAAAGUCUUGGAGGAAGGACAGCCAUGCGAGCAAGCAGGGUUUCGAAAAGUAUUCAGCGCGAUUGACCACAUUCACACUGUUCCUAAACUCAUCGAGGUAUCACGAGUGUACAAGAUGCUGCUUUGUCUCACCUUCAUCGACUUGAAGAAGGCCUUCGACUCAGUUGAGACGGAAGCGCUCGUGGAAGCCUUUGACAACCAAGGGUUCUCUACUCAGUACAUAAAGGUACUUCGAGAGUUGAACAGCAACUUCACGACCGAAAUUUCGCUAUUCUACAAGAAUAUCAUCAUUGACGUGAAGAGGGGGGUCUGA